UUUAAUUUUUUGUUUUUUGGGGUUACAAUUGUCGUCCCGAAAAAAUCGUAAAACCUAAAAAGUCAAAAUAAAAAGGGGAAAGUGGUCUCAUCACAAUCUACAUCGUCUCCAGAGAGAAGCCGUCUUCUUCCUGAUUCCUUCGUUUCAUCUUCUCUGCGAUUCCACAAAAUGUCGAGCCGUUGGUUGAGACCUGAGGUGUAUCCUUUGUUCGCUGCCACCGGAGUUGCCGUUGGGAUCUGUGCGUUUUCGCUGAUCAGAAACAUCACCGGAAACCCUGAAGUCAGAUGCACAAAGGAGAACAGGGCUGCUGGAAUUUUGGAUAACUUUGCAGAGGGAGAGAAGUAUAAGGAAAAUUUCCUUCGGAAGUUUGUUCGCAACAAGCAUCCUGAGAUCAUGCCUGGAAUCAACAAGUUCUUCACUGAUCCUAAAUACUGAAAAACAAGCAUCAUCAUCUUCCAAGACCUUUGCUUGCACCCCCUCAGCUUCGUCGUAUUGUUUUAUGGAAUUGAAUCUUCUGUGAUAUAAACCUCAUUUGUCAGUUUCACAUUGUUGAUGUAUCCUCCAGCUGAAGACCUGUUAAUGCUGGUGGGCUUAUUAUAUUGUCACUUUUUAAGCAGAUAAUAACUAUUGCUCUUUUGGCAGCUUUAACUUUAUAACCACAAUCUCUCAUCUGAGAGAGUAAUAAGCACUUGCUUUCUUCAA